UGAAAUCAAAAAGCUUGACAGCCGCGAGGUAAUCGACAGUACUGGGCAGGAGGUGGCGGUCUGGUCCUUCUUUCUGUAGGACAAACCAGCGCCAUCUGUUACUGGCGCCGAAAGGGUUAACGCUGGAGCUGUCUAUGUCGUUGUUUCGAGUCGAGUUCAGGGAAAGCAGCGGCAAAGCGGAGAUGCUGAGCGGAGGGCUUUUCUAGUCGCCCCUCGGUGUUCAGUGACAUGAGCAGGUUUGCUAAAACACCAAAUUAUGGCAGGGAACCUCAGACGCAACGAGUCUCUAAAUACUCCCGCCGCCGCGUAGAAAAGCCGCAUUGUUGAGCGAAACCCUUGUAACGAGCAGCAAUAAUGCGAGGCGCGGAAAGCAGCGGCAGGUCUGCCGUGAUUGUGCUCUGCCUGCUGGGAUGCGACUUAUGGACGGCGGCCGCCAAAACGCUGCAGGAGAGCAGCGACGCCAAAGAAGUGGCUUUAAAGGUUCACCUGAGCGACGCUAGCACUCAUCAGCCUCUCGUUGGCGUCACCGUGGAGAUCUUCACUAACCACACUCCUGUCGCUUCGGAUAUCUCUGGUGCCGAUGGCAACGCCUACAUCAGGUUUCCUUAUCGCCUUGGCGACCUUCUUGUAGUGACGGCAACCAAGCGUGGCUAUGUACCCAACUCCAUCCCUUGGCGGCCAAACAGGCUUCCUGUCUUCUCAUCUCUCAGUCUGGAUCUGCUUCCUGAGAGGGCUGCUACUCUGAUGGUGUAUGACGACGUGGUGCAGAUUGUCUCUGGAUAUCAAGGUUCAAAGCUGCAGCCAUGGGUGCAGUUCCAGAGAAGAGCACUGAGUCUUCCUUCUAAUGCAACCUACACCAACCUGACCGCCUUCCUCACAGUGAGCAGUUCAACACAAGACACGCAGUACUUCCCUUACCUGCAGGGGCUUCAUCCCAACUACACAGGCAUUGAUCGAAAGUUCGAGCUGACUCCUAUAGCUGCUAUCAGUGUCCAUCUUUUGGGAAGUGAUGGGGCGGAGCUUCAUGUCAGUGAGCCAAUCAGUGUGAGCGUUCCACUUCCUCCAGACAGUGGCUUGAAAGAGAAUGAUCACAUCCCCGCCUGGAGGUUUGACCCUAAACUGGGGGCCUGGUUGAAGAGCAGUCUUGGAUACGUCCAAAGAGAGGGGAAAGAGUUAACCCUUACAUACAUUGCCCCUCAGCUUGGCUAUUGGGUCGCAGCCAUGUCUCCCAUAAACACAGGUCCAGUGGUGGCGAAGGACAUUAGCACGUAUCACACAGUCUUCCUACUGGCCAUACUAGGGGGCAUGGCCCUGAUACUGCUCUUCCUGCUCUGUCUGCUGCUCUACUAUUGCAGGAGGAAGUGUGCCCGCUUGCGACCUGCUCACAGGAAGUUCACUCUAUCCUCCGCUUUAGAUGCCUCUAAACGAGACCAGGCUACUUCCAUGUCCCACCUGAACCUCAUCAGUGAGACCCACCUAGACCACAACGGGGCUGAGCCAGACAUGCACACACCUAUGCUUAAACCCACCCCCUACGACUCCUCCACCAAUGAGCUUGCAGCUUCGCACAGCGAGCUCCAUAGCCGAGGAUCCAACCACUACAAACACUCGGUAGAGAUAUUCCCCCUCAAAUCUGCUUGUUCAAACAAUCCUUCCCAGGGUUAUGAUUCCCCGGCGGGACGGGGAGAGUACCGGCGGAGCUACACGUCCAUUACAACUUCAUCCAUCCAUCCCCUCCACAUGUCCAUCUCGUCCUCGUCCCCCCAUCCAUUGCACCACACCACCUCUGCAGGACGAUUGUCUUUGGAGAGUAAAUCAAGCUUGCGCGAAAACCGUCUCUCUCCUGUUUCGGUCGUGUCCACAAGUCCUGCCGGAUCCCCAGAGCGAGAGCAAGGAAUCGAGCGCCGGCCGGCCGACUACAUGCUGUCCCGCUCUGUAGACCAUCUGGAGCGUCCCGCCCCACUUCCCCGACCUGGAGCCCUGCUCUGCUGCACCUCCGAAUUGCAAGUCAACCAUGGGGAAGAAACCUACCGCAAGGCUCGUCCCACCCUAGUCAUCCCCGCCCACUACAUGCGACUUCCGGGGACACACCCUCUGUCGGGCCAAGCGCUGCUUUUGCAGUCGGAUGAACAGAGUGAAUUGGAAAGCAUUCAGGCGGAACUCAGCGCAUGCCAUCAGCCCCAAGGUCAAGUCCCGCACUCGUGGGGCAAAGGAGAGAAGAAAGGAGUGACGCAAGGGACGGGAGACGACCGUGGCGGAGGAAUUGACGAGUGGACGUUGCAGACGGCGGCUAUUCCCGCUGAUCUCUCCAUCCCCAACUCGCUCAGCCAAGCAGGCCUGGAUGUGGUGCAGAUGAACGGAGAAGAUCAGCUUCUGGCCGAAAAGACUUUGAUGGAGCUCCGGGGAGGAAAGCCGCUCCCUCACCCCAGAGCUUGGUUCGUGUCACUGGACGGUCGCUCCAAUGCGCACAUCCGCCAUUCCUACAUCGACCUGCAGAGGGCAGGAUGCAACAGCAGUUGCGUCGGAAGCAACGAUGCCAGUCUGGACUCAGGGGUUGACAUGAGCGACAUCACACCUGGGCGGCGUGUUCGUGAUAAAGUCGGGGUUAAAACUGAAGCUAGGGCGCAGCCUGCGGUGCCCGUGGUCGAAUAUACACCACUAGUGUUUGUAAAGGACUCAAAUGGUAAUGAGGAGAGCAGCAGCAGCAGCAGCCCAACACCAGUCUGCAGCCCUGAAGAACAGUCUCAAGAGGGUUUUUUGCAGAAAAAAGAAAGGGAAGAGGAAGAGGAAGACGAAGGGACUUUGUCUCCACCUGAGCUUCCUUCUCCACCUCCUCUCCCUGAGCCUGUGGUUGAAAUGGCGGUGGAGACGGAGACAGAUAACGAUGUUUUCAGGACUGAGGAGACUCAAACUCACAUGGGCAGCAGCAGACCAGACAACCUGGUCGUCCCUGAUGAUGGCGGUGAAGACGAGAACAAGAAGAGUCCGUGGCAGAAACGAGAGGAGCGACCACUACUGGCCUUUAACCUAAAAUGACAUGACAUGAAGGAUGGUUUACCAAAAAAAUGAAAAUUCUGUCAUCAUUCACUUCAUCCCAUACCUGUAUGACUGUAUUCUGUGGGACACAAAUGGAAACGUCUUUUUGUCCAUUGACUUUCAUUGUUUGGACAAAAUCAGUAGAAGCGUUCUUCAAAACAUUAUGCUAUCUUGUGCAGGACAUAAAAGACGUCAUACAGGUUUGGAAUGUCAUGAGGGCGAGUACAUGCUGACAGGUCAUUUUUGUUGAACUGUCCCUUAAAGUGCUUCCCCCUGUGGUCCCUAGCUGGACUGUUGAAUGGAGUUGCCUUAUGAGCGCAGGUCUGUGCGUGGCUGUUUGCCUGUGGCAAUGAAAGCCAAGAAAGCCAUAGCACAAAUGAAUAUUGGAGCAGCUCUGCCUCACAACUGGAUGAGGACGAAAAAACUGACGUUUUCAAGCAAAACAAAAGAAAACACCAUUAAAUACCAACAAUCUAAUGCACAACUGCUAUGGCUUUCCAGACAUACACUUUGAGCAAAAAAUAUCGCAAGCCAUUGUAUUGAAGGUGAUACGUUUAAGCUUUAUGAGAUGCUGCUGUUUUUGAGCAAUAGGACAUCUAGUGGCAACCUGUGUACACUGCAACUGCAACUACACCGCUAAGUGUUUCCCGGCACUUAUUUUUGAACAUUUUAUGAGAUGAACAUCUAAAUGGGUAAAAAAACAAACAAAAGAAAAACACAAAACCACUAUAAUGGGAUCUACAGUUUAAAUCGCGCCCAUUUUUUAUUUUAUUGUUAUCAUGCUUUCAUGAAUAGACUACAGCUGAAGAUUUGUAAAACCAAAUAAGUUUACACAAUGCACCAUUUGUUCUUGUUAACCAGUCAUUUUGGCUGUGUCGAGCACAGAUUUUCAAAUGCGUGUUUCUUUCAACUUUAGGAUUACAGUAGGACUUUUGCCAACAUUGCUUCAGAGCAGCAGACCCGAAACUCUAUGCAUUGCUAUAAAUUGAAGGAUUAUGUAGCUUUAGGUGUCUGUUUUUUAUUUUAACCACUGUAUUUUAAUUUGUUAUGAUUUAUGAUUUUUUUUUUUUGAGGUUUGAACUUGCCUUAGCAUGCGAGUGAUGUGGACGGCACAUUCAUACGAGGGCUUCAACCGCACUCACUCACAUAAACACAGCCACCAGCUUUUUUCUCCCAAACUGUUAUUUUUUUGUAUUAAGUGCCUUUCUAGUGAUCAUUUAUAUUUAUGGUUAGGUUUCCUUUUCCUCUCCAUUAUCAGUUAUGAUUCCCCCCGAUCUCACUGUAUGUGUGUUUUUAAAGUUGUAUCUAGAUAAGCAGAGGGGUCCAAGAGUCUGAAACCACACAAAAAUAUUUUAAAUUUAUUUUAGGAAUUUGACAGCAUUGAAACAAUAGUCGAUGUAAAAUAAAUAUAAAUGAUUUGAUUUAAGUGACUAAUAAAAUUUGCACCUCAAGUGCUGCUGCCAUUAAAGCAAAAAGGUAUGACAUAUACAUUUUUCCAUUGAAAGUUUAUUCAAAUUGAUUUCAUCUUAUUGUGUGUGAAAAUAAAUAUAUAUAUACAUAUAUAUGUAAUUUAUAAAAAUAUAUGUAAACAUAAAAAUGUA